CAAAUUGACAAAUCUACCAAUUAAGAAUUUUCUUCAAAAAGUUGCCUUUUCCAAUUUUCUCUGCCAAGUAGGAUAACCCUGUAUACUUCACCCCCACCCACAAUUUUUUUUCUUAAUUUAAUACACUCCAUUUCCUCAUCUUUGAUUUUCAAAUUAAACCUUAUAUAUAUAUAUAUAUAUAUAUAAGCACAUCACAUAUUAACUUCCCCGGUCCAUAUUAUUAUGAACCAUGGGUAUUUUCAUUUUCAAAAAACAUGAAUCCCCUCCUCUUCGUUGUUAUAUUUUUUCUGUAUAUCUCCUCUUCAUAUGUUCGGUAAUUUCGAAAACAGUAGCACAGCCACAGCCUACUGGAAGUGAAUUUCAAUAUGCAAAGCUUAGUCCCCCUUUAGCAAUUAUCAUAAUUGUGUUAAUUGCUGCGCUUUUUUUCAUGGCUGCCUUUUCUAUUUACAUACGGCACUGUACUCAGUCAUCUGCUAUGAGUGGCAGUGUCCGGCGAGCACUGUCGAUGCGCCGCCGUGCUGCGGCCGCGCGUGGGCUUGAAGCGGCUGUUAUUGAGAGUUUUCCGGUGUUUACUUACGCUGAAGUGAAGGAUCAUCAGAUUGGUAAAGGUGCUUUGGAGUGUGCUGUUUGCUUGAAUGAGUUUGAAGAUGAUGAAACGCUGCGUUUGAUUCCAAAGUGUGAUCACGUUUUUCAUCCUGAGUGUAUUGAUGCUUGGUUGCAGUCGCAUGAUACUUGCCCGGUUUGCCGCGCUAAUCUUAAACCUCAACCCGGUGAACCGCCGGUUCAAGUUCCUCAGUUGAACCAACAGGAACCGGGGACUGAACAGCAACAGCAAAACGACGAUGUAUCGAUACGCAUAGUGAGUGAAGAAGAUCAACAGGAACAACAACAAGAAGAAGGUUCUGUUUCUUCUGUUAGAUCGACGGUGAAGCGGAAUUUGAGCUUCGGUAUGCUGAACCGGGUUAGCAAGCAGGACGAAGGCGGUUCAGUUAAACCGGGAGUAAAGAGGAACUCGAGUUUCAACGUGCUGAUUCGUCCACCAAGGUCAAUUUCCAUGAAGCCAAGGAUAUUCAGCAAGUUCAGAUCACACUCGACCGGUCAUUCACUAGUACUACCAGGUGAGAAUUUGGACCGGUAUACACUCCGAUUACCCGAGGAUGUUCGGAAAGAGGUAAUGAACCGGGCUCUAUUGAAUCGGACUAAAAGCUUUGGAGGACCCUUACCAAGAGACACAAGCUCUAAAAAAGGGUACCGAACCGGUACCGGAGAUGGAAGCAGUAGGGCUAAUAGAUCCAACAAAAGGAUCGAAUGGUCUGAACCGGAAACAAAAUCGGACCGGUGGGUUUUCUCAAUUGCACCACCGUUCUUUUCAAGAGGGUCAUCAAUGAAAUCACCGAGAGUUGGAGCUGAAGCCGGCGAGGGUUCCACCUCGGGAAGUGUGAAAACCGUCGUUAAAUUGCCGUCGUUUAAAUGCUUGGAACCAAAAGGCGAUGAAGCCUCUUUGAUAUCAGCUGACUCGGCUAAAUCGCCGGUUUAGUAAAUUUGCAGACCGGUACGAAGUAAACCGGAAUGAUUUGGAGUCGGCAGACUUUUCGUGGGCUAUAGAGAAAGGGGGCCCCCCACCUUGAAAUUUAAGGAGCCGUAAGUUGACUCUAAAUUUUUAUUUAUUUUUACUGGUCUUAUUAGAAAUUAGAAAAAAACAUUUUUGUUUUAAUUUUUUUGUUUUAUAAAUAAAAACAUCUACUUUUUUUUUUUUUUUUGUUUAAAGAUUUUGUACAUAUAAAUAGUUGAUGAUGUAAGCAGAAAGUCACUAGUAAUUUUUUUUUUCUUAUUGGAUAAUGUCUUAUAGUGAUGUAAGUAUGUGUAUUUCUUUUCUUGGUAUCAUUGUCUAAUCGCUUGAUGACAAUUUUGUUUUAGUAAAACAGAAAUCAAAAGGAAAAAGUAGACUAAAUUGCGUUCCUUUUUCUU